AUGAUGAAGGAGGAGGAAGAGGAGGAGGACGUGAAGAAAGAGGAGCAGCGAGACGAAGGCUUGUGUGUGUUGUCUGAGGGAAAAGUCUGGUUUUUCAGUGUUCUGCUGUAUGAGACUUUGGCAUGGGAAGUGAAAUUGACAACAGAAAUUCAGGGCCUCAAAGGUUCAUGUCUGGUUAUACCGUGCACUUACUCUUACACUUUAUACCCACCAACUAACCCACGUAGAGUUGUGUGGUAUCAGUAUGUGUGGAGUGGCUACCCUUUAGUUUGUGAUCCCUUGAAUCCAGACAGUGUCAUUGACAAGUUCAAAGGAAAAACUGAUAUAUAUAGACAUAACAACUCAGAUCAGGAUUGUAGUCUGCUGAUCAAAAGCGUGAAUCCAUCCCACAAUGGAGAAAAAUUAUAUGCAUGGAUUGACCCAGAAAAUAUUGGAUGGCGCACCUAUACGUUUUAUGAAGUCACUUCCACGAUUUUUGUUGACACAAAUCCACAGCAGCCCAUCAUUAAUAUUUCCGGAGGUUUAAAGACCGGUGACAGCAUUACAGUAGCAUGUUACACCUUACACACCUGUCCAUACAGCAAACCAAACAUCAUUCUGAAGGGUAUUGAAGGAUCUGAUAAUGUAGAUGAUGUCGAUAUCAAAAAUUGUCAAUGGAAAAUCACUUUGACACGCACCGGUGUUGUGAAGGCUGAACGCUCAGAUAUUGAGUGUACUGUAACACAUCAUGGAGGCAUAACAACAAGAGCUACAAAAUCACAAAGUGCAAAAUGUGUCUAUUAUAAUAUAACCAUUGAGCCUAAACUGGCAGCAGAUAUCAUAGAGGGUGUUAAUAUGAACUUCACUUGUACCGUCCACCAUUCCUGCCUGACGAAUCCUCCGAUCCUCUCCUGGAACUAUGAGAAUAUGCCGGUCAAAGAUGGAAAGAAACAACUUACAGGGUUUGAAUUGGCCACCUUUUCCACCAUAACCUUUUUGGGGGCAAAGAAAGAUGAUGGGAAGAAAUUAAUCUGCACUACAAAUAUUUCUGGACAGAAAAUCACAGCAUCUGUCGACUUACAUGUACAACAUUCUUUUACAGAGCCUCCAAAACCAGUGACUACAGUCCAAGAUAAUACAUAUUCUUUUAAGGAGCCUCCAAAACCAGUGACUCCAGUCCAAAAUAAAUGUAUGUGUUUCACAUUUAUCCUAGGUAGUCGAGGACGCAUUGUGAUCGGAUCUCAGUGUAAUGUAAACGCAAUCCAGCCAUCGUAUCUGCAUUUACAGGUCAACGUCACAAAAAACCCCGCCCACUAUCAUCUCCUCUCACUGACAGCUGUCAAAAAUAAAGGACGUUAUGUCAUGGAGCGCAGAGUCACAGAGUUUUUUCUCAAAAAACAAAAGGCACAGGUUUUUGAGGCGAGUAAUCGAGUCAUGGAUUCAAAUUGGGUUGUGAGGGUGGUUUAUCAAAUGCCGUUAGAUCGGCGGGUAAACCUGUGUCAGGCUGACCGGGAGAGAGCACUGGAACUGCCGCCAGGGAGCAAGCGGCAACCGGCACCACCAGCGCCUGACUAG